AGUGUAAUGUUCAAGCCCAGAAAUGCCUUAUGUGGAUCGUCAGAAUCGCAUUUGUGGUUUCCUAGACAUUGAAGAAAAUGAAAACAGUGGGAAAUUUCUUCGAAGGUACUUCAUACUGGAUACCAGAGAAGACAGUUUUGUGUGGUACAUGGAUAAUCCACAGAACCUACCUUCUGGAUCAUCACGUGUUGGAGCCAUUAAGCUUACCUACAUUUCAAAGGUUAGCGAUGCUACUAAGCUAAGGCCAAAGGCUGAGUUCUGUUUUGUUAUGAAUGCAGGAAUGAGGAAGUACUUCCUACAAGCCAACGAUCAGCAGGACCUUGUAGAAUGGGUAAAUGUGCUGAACAAAGCUAUAAAAAUUACAGUACCAAAGCAGUCAGACUCACAACCUAAUUCUGAUAACCUAAGUCGCCAAAGUGAUUGUGGGAAGAAGCAGGUGUCUUACAGAACUGAUAUUGUUGGAGGUGUACCCAUCAUUACUCCAACUCAGAAAGAAGAAGUAAACGAAUGUGGUGAAAGUAUUGACAGAAACAAUUUGAAACGGUCGCAAAGCCACCUCCCUUACUUUACUCCUAAACCACCUCCAGAUAGUGCAGUUAUCAAAGCUGGAUACUGUGUAAAGCAAGGAGCAGUGAUGAAAAACUGGAAGAGAAGAUAUUUUCAGUUGGAUGAAAACACAAUAGGCUACUUCAAAUCGGAACUGGAAAAGGAACCUCUCCGUGUAAUACCACUUAAAGAGGUUCAUAAAGUCCAGGAAUGUAAGCAAAGUGACAUAAUGAUGAGGGACAACCUUUUUGAAAUUGUAACAACGUCUCGAACUUUCUAUGUGCAGGCUGAUAGCCCUGAAGAGAUGCACAGUUGGAUUAAAGCCGUCUCGGGCGCCAUUGUGGCACAGCGGGGACCGGGCCGGUCAGCCUCUUCUAUGCGGCAGGCCAGAAGGCUGUCGAACCCUUGUAUACAGAGGUAUACAUCAAGAGCUGGUGAAUGCAGCACGAGCAUUCAGAGUCCAGGCACGCUUUCCGUCCUUCCAGCGCAGCCGCCACCUCACAUUCCACAGCCACUCGCAGCAACUCUUUGGUCUCAAGCUUUACCAUGGAGAAGCGAGGAUUUUACGAAUCUCUUGCCAAGGUCAAGCCAGGGAACUUCAAGGUCCAGACUGUCUCUCCAAGAGAACCAGCUUCCAAAGUGACUGAACAAGCUCUGCUAAAACCUCAAAGUAAAAAUGGCCCUCAGGAAAAAGAUGGUGACCCAGUGGACUUGGAUGACGCAAGCCUUCCCGUCAGUGACGUGUGAGAUAGAAGCUCGGGGAGCCUGUCCCCCUUAGCCAUCCUCAGUUUCCUUUCCUGAGGCCUUUAGCCAAAGAUGAUAAAGGGUGAAAUGUUUUUAAUGCAUAUGUUAUACUGCCUCUUAGAUGUACCCUUUAUAAGCUGGUAAACCAAGAAUCUAGGGAGUAGCCAAACUAAAUAUAAUUUCUUUUAAAAAAAAAAAAGAAAGGGAAAGUGCUAAGAGUCUCAGUAUCAUCUGUCUGAAGCUGUAUGUGUUCUCAUUUGGGUGGUAAAAAAGUGUGUGUGAUUUUUUUCUUAUUGACUUUGGCAGUUU